AUGGGGCAAGUGUUCAGCUUCACCAACAUCUUCGGCAAGUUGUGGGGAAUAGAUAAGGAAAUCCGUAUCCUUAUCUUGGGUUUGGAUGGUGCCGGUAAGACUACCAUCUUAUAUAGGUUGCAAAUGGGAGAAGUGGUGACUACCAAGCCUACCAUUGGAUUCAACGUCGAGACCUUGAAGUACAAGAAUUUAACCUUAAACAUAUGGGACUUGGGUGGACAAACAUCCAUAAGACCUUAUUGGAGAUGCUAUUAUAGUAAUACGGCAGCCGUGAUAUUCGUUGUCGACUCCACCGACAAAGACCGUAUUGAUAUUGCCAGCAAAGAGUUACACACCAUGUUGAAAGAAGAGGAGUUGCUGGAUAGUGCAUUAUUGGUGUUUGCCAAUAAACAGGAUCAGCCUGGAGCCAUGACUGCAGCUGCAGUUUCACAGGCGCUCAACUUAACAGAUUUAAAGGAUAGAAGCUGGAGUAUUGUUGCUUCAAGUGCUAUCAAAGGUGAAGGUUUGACCGAAGGUUUGGAUUGGUUGAUGGACGUUAUCAAGGAUGAGCAGUUGUGA